ACACACACUCACAACUCAAAUCAUCUUUUUGUCUCCCUCCUGAAAAAAUGGGGUUUUCGUCUUCAUUAUCUUGCAGUGCUAUGGGAGCCCUAAUAGUGGGUUGCCUUCUGCUUCAAGCAUCAAACUCUAAUGCUCAGUUGAGACCUGACUUCUACUUCAGGACUUGCCCACCUAUUUUCAACAUCAUUGGGGAUACCAUCGUCAAUGAGCUGCGGACUGAUCCUCGUAUUGCCGCGAGCCUCCUUCGGCUUCACUUCCAUGACUGCUUUGUUCGUGGUUGUGAUGCAUCGAUCUUGCUUGACAAUUCCACAUCAUUCCGGACCGAGAAAGAUGCUGCUCCAAACAAAAAUUCGGUUCGAGGGUUCGAUGUCAUAGAUAGAAUGAAAGCAGCCAUUGAGAGAGCUUGCCCAAGAACAGUUUCUUGCGCAGAUAUUAUCACCAUCGCCUCUCAGAUAUCAGUUCUUUUGUCUGGCGGUCCAUGGUGGCCAGUUCCGUUGGGGAGAAGAGACAGCGUAGAAGCUUUCUUCGCUCUGGCUAAUACAGCUCUUCCCUCUCCAUUUUCCACUCUUACUCAACUUAAAACAGCUUUUGCUGACGUUGGCCUAAACCGCCCUUCGGAUUUAGUCGCCCUCUCCGGUGGUCACACAUUUGGAAAAGCACAAUGCCAAUUCGUGACACCUCGUCUUUACAACUUCAACGGUACCAACAGACCAGACCCAAGUUUGAACCCAACUUACCUCGUUGAACUCCGUCGAUUGUGUCCUCAAAACGGAAACGGCACCGUUCUGGUUAACUUCGAUUCCGUGACUCCAACUACUUUCGAUAGACAAUAUUACACCAAUCUUCUUAAUGGGAAAGGUUUGAUUCAGAGUGACCAAGUGCUUUUCUCAACUCCAGGAGCUGAUACGAUUCCACUAGUAAACCAAUACAGCAGCAACACGUUCGUGUUCUUUGGAGCAUUCGUUGAUGCAAUGAUUAGGAUGGGAAAUCUUAAACCUUUGACUGGAACUCAAGGAGAGAUAAGACAGAAUUGUAGGGUUGUGAAUCCAAGAAUUAGGGUUGUGGAGAACGACGAUGGUGUUGUGAGUUCUAUCUGAUUAUGCAUGUUGGGGAUAUAUGGAUAUGUAAGAACGUAUAAAAUGUGUGGGAUUGUGGGAACAUUUCGACUAAAUAAAGUUCUCACAAGUUGUGUGAUUUAUGAAAUUUGGUCUUAAUUAACACUUUUGAUUCGAUUUUCUGAGUACUAAAAAAGUGGAUGAAUUUCAUAAUGAAAUGAUACGUGGUGUUUGUAUAACACUUAACUUUCAAUUGACAUAGUUUCAUGUUAUUGGAGAAGUUAAAUUGUGUGUAAAAAUAUAAUUCGAACAUGCAUCCAUUUCUAUAAAUA